GUCGUUGAGCUCAUACCCUAGAAGCCAGUAAGGCAAAGGGAACAGAUUGGUGGAUGGAAUGCAAAUCCAAGAUUACAAGAGAUUUUAUUCUCCUCUCAGAGAUGAUGGAUACUGGCAGGAAUACAGAGGCUGGAAAGUUGUUGAGGUUGAGUCUCCUGCUUAUUUUUCUGGUAACUUUAGCAGUGGUGGUGUGUGGUGCUGAGCAAUAUAAAAGAGAUGAUUUCCCCUCGCCUCCUGGGUUUGUUUUUGGUGCAGCAACUUCAGCAUAUCAGGUGGAAGGUGCUGCAGACCAAGAUGAUAGGACGCCAAGCAUAUGGGACACCUUUGCACACGCAGGGUAUAUGGAUGGAGCCAAUGGUGACAUAGCAUGUGAUGGUUAUCACAAGUACAAGGAAGAUAUCCAACUCAUGGUAGAUACAAGCUUAGAAGCCUACAGAUUUUCCAUCUCGUGGUCAAGACUAAUCCCAAAUGGAAGAGGACCUGUCAAUCCCAAGGGCUUACAGUAUUACAAUGACUUCAUUAAUGAACUAAUAAGAAAUGGAAUCCAACCACAUGUCACAUUGCAUCAUUCAGAUCUCCCACAGGCACUUGAAGAUGAGUAUGGUGGAUGGGUUAGUCGAAAUAUUGUGAGAGACUUCACAGCUUAUGCAGAUGUAUGCUUCAGAGAAUUUGGGGAUAGGGUUUUGCACUGGACUACAGUGAAUGAAGCCAAUGUGUUUGUACUAGGAGGCUAUGACGUUGGGAUGCUAGCACCAAGGAGAUGUUCUCUUCAAUUAUUCAACUGUUCUAAAGGCAAUUCAUCCUCUGAACCAUACUUGGCUGCCCAUAAUAUCUUAUUAGCACAUGCAGCAGCUGUCAAACUAUACAAGCAAAAUUAUCAGGAAAAGCAACUUGGAUUUAUAGGACUCAAUCUCUUCAGUUAUUGGUUUGUUCCUUUCUCAAAUACAACAGAAGACAUGAUUGCUACCCAGAGAGCUAAUGAUUUCUUUGUUGGUUGGUAAGCUACUGAUUAGGAAAAACCAUAUUUCGACAUUAUUCUUACAGAUUAUAACAUCACCAUGUUAUGAUAAUUGGAAGUAAGGGAGUUUUCAACUUUUUGGCAAUUUUCUUUAACACAAUUUUUGCAGCAUAUUGAUUAGAGUGGAGUUUUCAGUG